AGACAGCAAUUUCGUCCAGUCUCGGAGAAAACCGCGAGAUUUUAGUUCGCGAUUAAUUUGGAGCAUUGUUUAUGACUUAAAGUGCAAGGUCUGGCGUGGUUAUGUUAAUUUCAGAAGGGUUUACCCGAACGGAAAGCUUGCGAGGUUGACCGACCAUCAUAAUGCGGGUCUCUAGAGUCUCGGCCCGGCUCUUCCUCAGCGAUCUGGACUCAGCAUUGAACGAGGCGGUUCUGACCAGCAGGAAUGUCACCCUCAUCAUCAACGCUACCGGACUGCAGGACAUCUCGUAUCCGGCGCUGGACGGCGUGCAGGUCCUCCAUGUUCCCGUCCAGGACCAACCCCAUGCCCCCCUGAGUCUGUACUUCGACCCGGUGGCUGAACGGAUCCAUCAGAACCAGAGAGGGUCCACUCUGGUCCACUGCUCGGCGGGCAGGAGCCGCUCUCCGGCUCUGAUCAUGGCUUACCUGAUGAGGUUUGAAGGUCUUAGCCUCUGUCAGGCCCAUGAACUGGUUCUGCUUUGCCGGCCGUUCAUUCGACCCAACGCUGGGUUCUGGAGGCAGCUGAUGGAGUACGAGAGGAAGCUGUCGGGUCAGAACACGGUGAGGAUGGCGAGGACUGCAGCUGGAGUUCUGCCUGAAGCCUUACUGGAUCAGGGUGGUACCAAGUACUGUGUGAACGUGUAACAGUUUGGUUCUGACCCAGACAAUGAAGGCCAGAACUUUUAAAAGAUGAAGACAACAAAACACAGACAAGGUUAAAAAGAAACAAACAGACAAAGACUUUAUUGAAGGAGUCGACGGGACAGAUCGGAUCAGAACUCUAAGCUCCAGGUGGUCCACAUGUACCCGGGAUCAGAACAGCAGCUCAGUACUGGAAGCUUCUCUUGGUCUGGAUGUCGUCCAGGAUCUGCUGCAGCUCCUCAUCCUCAAAGCGUCCCUCCAAACUGGAACCAGAACAGAACCUUAAUUACACACAGAAACUGGAAAAACAGAACCGGGUCGGUGGAGGUUUGAACCCGUCUGAACUGCUGUUAGGUUUAUUCUUUAUUGAUCAUGUGUAUUGUUAAUCUGUUAGCCAGAUCAGAUGGAGUAGAAGGCCUUCUUUCACAUGGUGGAUUAUGCUGUGUGAACAGAGGCCAUCUAAUGAGGACAGUCUUCUUGUCUUUGGAAGAUACACAGGAUGAGGACACAUCCUGGAGCCGGACUGAUAGAGGAGAGCUUUCUGUAAUCCUGAGGCAAGAGGCACAAAGGUCAGGGAAUGGAUAGGCGUCAGUUUCUGACACCAACAGCUAAGCAUCCACCUGAUGCAACACAUAGAUUUAUGAGGAAUACGAAGCAGAAGAUGAACUUGUUCGGGGCUAAAUUGCUGACGUUUUGAGCUCACAGCUGUGCCGACUCCAAGCAAUUUCUCUGUCCUGUAACGACCAGAACUGGAAUAAACUCUGUUACUUUUUCACUCCUGUUUUUAUAGUCAUUUUUAUAUGGUUUUACCCAGUUUGAGUUAAGAAUACUUAUACUAGGAACUUGCUCCCCGCCUUCAGGGGGACCAAACUUCCUUAUUUAACACUGUGAAAGGUCCAAUUCUGGCAGGUUAAAGAACUUUCUGAUUCCCAACUGAACCGAGUUCAAGAGAUGACUCACUUUAGGAACCGGAUCAUGCUAGUGAACUGUUCAGCUAAAAAUCAGCCAUUUAACCAGAAACGGCUGUACCCGGGUCCAGGUACCAACAGCUGCUGAUAGAACCAUGUACACUAACCCUAUAAAGCAUGUCUAUAUUUCAUGUUAUGAAAUAUAGAUACUUUGUUUCGGUGUGUUCUGAGGCGGUUAUGAUGGAACCCAAACCAAAGAAGGGGUUGUAGUGAAAAUGGUGGUCUGGGCGUAAGUACUGGUCCUGGCCACCAGAGGGCGUCACGCUCAAUGGGCCACCACAGAGCUAAAAGCCAAAUUUAACUAUAAUUUUUUAAUUAAAUGUAAUAUUACCAAUA